UUGUUGCGAAAACUUAGAUUGAGUUUGCCAAGCUGUAAGCUUCAUAUCGCGACGUUUCCCAGUCUAUAUUUGCCAUAAAAUUCAGAUUUUUUCACGGGAUCUACAUUGGUUUGGAUGAAGAUAUGAGUAGUGCCAACUCUUCCCAGUUAAAGCCGAUACCAUCUUCUGCUGAGGAAUUCAAAGCAGAAUAUGACACUUUCAAGAAGUUUGCUGAAAAUUCAGAUACAACUCCCGGGGCAUUACUUUCGCAUUUCAUGUUGUCAAGUGUGAAAAUCCAACGCCAUCCAGAAUUUGCCAUGAUUUUGCUUCUUGGAAGUAGUGGAUGUGGUAAAUCAUCAACAAUAAAUCAUCUACUGGAUAUCGUAGACGGAAUUCCUGUUGCAAAAAGAAGUAAUGAAGAAUCAGCCACAAGAAAAACAUCUGAAUACAUUCUUACUUUUGAUGAACCGAGUUAUGAAGUUUGUGAUUUAGUUAUGAGUAUUAUUGAUACCCCUGGCUUCAAUGAUAGCAAUGGCGUUGAACAAGAUGCAUGUAAUUUUGUAUCUGUUCAACAAUAUUUUAGAACGCAUCCGAAGUUUCCAGCGGAAACAAAGAUUUAUCCAAAUCUUGUGUUCUUUGUUGCAAAAGCUGAUGACACGAGAAUGAAGGGAACAAAUUCCCAAAUUUUGAAAUCGUUGAGAGGCAUAAAGUUGUUGGAUGUCGUUGACAUCAGUCAUCCAAAUCUCGUUGUGAUCUUAACAUUUGUUUGUUCUUUUGGCCACAAGAAGCCAGAAAAAUGGCAAGUAAAGAUGCAGGAAAAGAAAAACCUUUUGUCCGCUUUGGUUUUUCAAAUUUUAGGAAUCAGAACGCCUGUUGUAUUGAUAGAAAAUGAUCCCGAGGAAGACUACAAACUUGAAAAGGAUGGAGAUUUCACAAUUCUUCCCAACGGUGAACGACAGCCUCUGAACUUAUACAAUGCUUGCCUAAGCCUACUGGACAAAAGCAGAGAUGGAAAGGAAAAUAGAGAUAAAUUUGGGCACAUGGUGUUAAAUGCUGCAUUCAAACAAAAGAAAAAGGAUCGACCGACAAAUGGUUAUGAAGUUAGAGCCAAAGAUUCAGAGAAAGAGCCAUUAUCACAAGAGGAGUUGGAGUUUGCCAAUGAAUUAAUUGAAGCUCCUGGUAGGGAUUUUGAUAUAGAAAUGAGCUGCGCAGCUACUUCCCAGUUAAAGCCCAUGCCAUCAUCUAAUGAUGAAUUUAUAGCAGAAUAUGAAACGAUUAAGAAGCUUGGUAAAAACUCAGAACCAACUCCCAGAGCAUCACUAUAUAGUUUCAUUUUGUCAAGUUCCGCAAUCCAACGCCAUUCAGAAUUUGCCAUGAUUUUGCUUGUUGGAACUAGUGGAUGUGGUAAAUCAUCAACAAUAAAUCAUUUACUGGAUACCGGAGAUGGAACUCCUGUUGCAAAGACAAGUAAUGAAGAAUCAGCCACAAGAAAAACAUCUGAAUACAUUCUUACUUUCGACGAACCGAAUUAUGAAGUUUGUGAUUUAGUUAUGAGUAUUAUUGAUACCCCUGGCUUCAAUGAUAGCGGUGGCGUUAAACAAGAUGCAUGUAAUUUUGUAUCUAUUCAACAAUAUUUUAAAACGCAUCCGAGAUUUCAUGCGGAAACAAAGAUUUUUCCAAAUCUUGUGUUCUUUGUUGCAAAAGCUGAUGACACGAGAAUGAAAGGGACUGAUUCCCAAAUUUUGAAAUCUUUGAGAGGCAUAAAGUUGUUGGAUGUCGUUGACAUCAGUCAUCCAAAUCUCGUUGUGAUCUUAACAUUUGUUUGUUCUGUUGGCUUUAAGAAGCCAGAAAAAUGGCAAGUAAAGAUGCAGGAAAAGAAAAACCUUGUGUCCGAUUUGGUUUUUCAAAUUCUAGGAAUCAGGGCGCCUGUUGUACUGGUAGAAAAUGAUCCCGAAGAAGACUACGAACUUGAAAAGGAUGGAGAUUUCACAAUUCUUCCCAACGGUGAACGACAGCCUCUGAACUUAUACAAUGCUUGCCUGAGCCUACUGGACAAAAGCAGAGAUGGAAAGGAAAAUAGAGAUAAAUUUGGGCACAUGGUGUUGAAUGCUGCAUUCAAACAAAAGAAAAAGGAGCGGCCGACAAAUGGUUAUGAAGUUAAAGCCAAAGAUUCAAAGAAAGAGCCAUUAUCACAAGAAGAGUUGGAGUUAACCAAUUCUUUUAAUCAAGCUUCCAUAGAAGGUUCUACCAACCCACUUGCCAUGCUUGCUAUGGAAUAUCUUACCGAGAAUGGCAUUCAGGAAGAAUCUGUGAAAAAAGAAAUUUUAGAACUCGUCGAAACUAUGAAUUCGAUGGGAUUAUCGAAUGAGUCAAAUUUGAAGAAUACAACCAUCAGUGAAAUCAACUAUCGUCACACAGAGAGUAUUACUGAACAUGGCCUUCAAAUGUUGGAAAAGAAAUUUCGUAUAAAAUGUGCUGAUAUUACAUCGUUUCAUGCAGCUGAAUUCAUUGGUCAAGGAUACAACGUUGUCAUCAACAAGUCCGUUCCAGCUCAGGUUUUGAAAUUUUCAGUAGUUCACAAUAAACAAUUUGGCUUUAAAAUUCCUGAAUGUGCGCAAAUAAUGAAGUUAAAUGAAACUCGGACCACCCAAAUACAUACACAAUCGCAUGAAGACUACAUUCGAUCGCGCCUUCUAAACUUUGGCUUGAAUGUUAACAUAGCACCUGCAAUAUUGAAGAUUGCCCCAAAGUUUGAUAUGACUUACAGCGAGAAGUGUCAAAAAAGUGACUCGAGAUCUUCAACUACUAAAAAGGAAUUGACAGAAGUGAGAAUAGCAAAGAUAAAUCUUGGUGAAUUUAAAUCAAAGAAAAUUGCUUUUACUGACGAGUUUCGAUCUGUUGUAAGCGAAUUACCAAAAGGAAAUAUUGAGGAAAAGAAUGCGAAGCAAAAGUUUACAGAUUUUUUUAAUAGAUUUGGUCAGUUUGUCGUCACUUCUGCUUAUGUUGGAGGAGGAGUUGAAGUUGAAACUUGUGAUGAUAACAUGAAAAUUUCAAACAAAGAUGAAGAUUGUGUAGACGGAGGAAUUGAUUCAUCUCUCCCUGGGGCGUUGAGAUUUUCAGGAAAACACGAAUUGUCAGUAAACAAAGAAAGCAGUCAAGUUUCAAGCAUUUCAACAACUCAAUGGAAAGGUGGACGUUCUGACUUGCAUGACAAAGGUACGUUGCACUCAAAUGAAAAAUUCUUGGAAUGGAAGAUAUCUAUUGCUAACGAUCCAGUAUUUUUAACAAAUGAAUUGACAAUGGAGCCGAUUUCUACUUUUGUUGGUAUGAUAGACACGGAAAAGGGAAAUCUUUGCAACCAAGCAUUGCAAAAACUUUUCCAAAAUAAACUCCUAAAUGACAAUGACAAUGUAUCGCAAACAAAAAGUUUGGCGAAAGGAAGCAAAAACUCCAACACAAGAGUUGGUUCCACUAAAGAUCCUGAUACUAGUGGAUGGUCAAAAAUGUUUGGUGGCUACGUAGAGAAGAUUGGAGCACGUGAGCUUGGUUUUGUUGGUAUUGUUGGUAUUGUUGGUAUUGUUUGUACUUUUUGUAUUAAAAUAUUUUUUGGAGGACAAAAGUAGAAAAUGUAAAAAUAUUUCACAUUUUUCGGAUCUUGAAUUCUCACAAGAUCGUAUUUUUUCUUUUGUAGUAAACGUUGACUCGUAUUAAAUGCAACACGUUCUUCAUAGUUAUGCACAAAAUAUAAAGUUGUAUGUUUGAAUGUAUGAAUGUAGGGUAUAUUAAGUCUAAUUUGUUUUAAGUUGAACCAAUAACGUUAUCACCAAUUAUUAUUAGUUAAUUGGUGCAUUGUUUUUUAUUAAUGAGGGGCCGCUUGCACGAAGCCCAGAUAGCACUAUCAACUAGAUAUUUUCAAAGGUUUAAAAAAUCUCUUACAAGGCGCAAUGAAAUAAAACGUUUAGUUCUAAAAUGAAGACUUUUCUAAUAAAAAACAUCUAACCACUUGAUUCACACGUUUUAAAAAAUCAGUUUUGGGGAUUCGUGCAACCGACUUGUGUCAAAAACAUUUUUUAUUGUGUUUUUUGGAGUUCAGUAAAUUAGUACUGACUAAAUAAUUCGAUUUCAAGAGACAUAAUGUCAUCCCAUUAACUAAUAACAUGUAUUUUAUUCAAUAGACCUUAGAAAAGCUCUUCAUGAGAAUUACAGCAUAUUAAAGUCAGUCACUUAAAUUUAAAGAAUAAAAGUAUAAAACCAUUCA